AUGCAGCGUCUACUCUCGGCGCGGAGCCGCCGAGGCGUGCUUUCCGUCGCUCGACAAUUCAUACCCGGAAAAGACAGAUGCGAUCGAGGAUCGCGCCGUUUCCUCUCUCGGGUCCCCCCGUCGCUCGGGAACGCAACCCUGUGUCGCCCGCUGUUCUCUGCGCUCUCUCCUCUCUCGCCGCUCUCCGUUCCGCAACCUGAUUUGUGUCUGGUCACAUCUUGUGCGUCUCCGGCUUUCCUCUCGCUUCUCUCGACUCUCGUCGGGUUUUCCUCUCCGACGCGUGCCCUCAACUCGCCCGCUCAGCGCGCGCACCGCGCCUUCUUCUCCUCCACUCUGCCUCCGCCUCGCUUUUCGGCUUCGUUCUUCUCUCCCUCUUCCGCCUCUUCGGCUUCUCCGUUUUCUUCCGCUUCCCCGUUUUCUUCCCGUCCGACUCUGAAGCAUUUGGAACAACAGGCCGAGCUGCAUCCGCACGACCUUCCCGCUCUGCAGCGCUACUUUGCGGCCUUGAACGAGGCCGGGGAGGCCCACAAAGUCGUGCGGAAGUUCGAAGAGAACGCGUUUCUCAAGCAGCUGCUGUCUCAGGACUUGCGCGGGAACGAGCACGAGACGGCGCCUAUCCGCGGCGUCGUCGUCGAGUACCUCAAGGCUCUUUGCUCCACGGAUCUGAUCCAAUCGCGGCCGCUCUCUGCCGUCGCCCGGGAACUCGCGCCGUUUCUCCGAGGCGCGGAGAGUUCGUCUCUCGCGCAAAAAGGAGACGCGGGAAGCGACGGACGCGCGGGUUCGCGCGGAGACUUGGAGAGUGAAGUUCGGCUUCUCCAGAUGAGUCAGCAGCAACUGCUCUUCCAGCAGCUGCAACAAAUUUCGAACCAACUCGCGAAGGCGGAGUCCCCACGCGCAGACGCGCGCAGCCUUCAGACGGCUACGCGUUUCGAAGAACCCCUCGCGGAGGGAACGGAAACGCGAGAAGGAUCGAGACGACGCGGGAUCGUCGCUUGGACUCUCUACGUCAUCCGCGGCGCCUGCCGCGGCAUCUGGAAAACUGUGAAAGUUGGAAGUCGGGGGCUAUGGAGUCUCCUUUUGUCGCCCGUGGCGGCUGUUCUGUUGAUUUGGAGUUUCGCGACGGAGGCGCUGCCUGGGCUUCAGCAGGCGGCGAAGAAAGUCGACGGCCUGCCAGAGGGAAAAUCGAAGGAGUGGGUGGAAGGGAAAAUCGUUCAGCCGGACGAAGUGAAAACCACUUUCAGUGACGUGAAGGGAUGCGAGGAGGUGAAGAAAGAGGUUGAAGAAGUAGUUGCCUACCUUAAAUCUCCUGCAAAAUUCACAGCCAUGGGAGCUCGCCUGCCGAAAGGCAUUCUCCUCCAAGGUCCCCCAGGGACGGGGAAGACACUCCUGGCGAGGGCGAUCGCCGGCGAGGCAGGUGUUCCUUUCAUCCACGCCUCAGGCUCGGAAUUCGAGGAAAUGUUUGUCGGUGUCGGGGCGAGUCGUCUUCGGCAGCUCUUUGCAGAGGCGCGGCGCUUGAGUCCGUGCAUUUUGUUCAUCGACGAGAUUGACGCACUUGGAGGAAAACGAACGUUAACGGAAAACAAACAUCACAGACAAACGCUCAAUCAACUCCUCACCGAACUCGAUGGAUUCAAACCUUCGGACGGCGUGACCCUCGUCUGCGCGACGAACCUCCUGGAGGCUCUCGAUCCGGCUCUGACGCGCCCUGGACGAAUCGACAGAAUCAUCCACGUUCCUUUCCCCUCUAAGAAGGAGCGCAUUGAGAUUCUCCAGCACUACGCGAAAGAGAUGCCUCUCGCCACCGACGUGGACCUCGAGAUUCUUGCCGCUCUCACCUCGGGCAUGACGGGCGCAGAUUUGGCGAAUCUUCUCAACUUUGCUGCAAUUCGCGCAGCGACGGAAGGGAAGGAACAGGUGACGCGAGCGGAAGUGGACGAGAGUUUCGAUCGCCUGAUGGUCGGAAGUCGCCGAGCCGGCGUCGUGAUGAAGGAAGAGGAGAGACGCCUGACUGCAUAUCACGAGUCGGGCCACGCUCUGGUAGCGCUGUACACGCCUGCGAGUGCGCCUCUCCACAAAGCGACGAUUUUGUUUCGCGGGUCGUCCCUGGGUGUCACGUGGUCCGUGGAGAAGGAAGACAGUUACUCGCAGUCUGAGCAGCAGUGCCUCGCGUCGCUGGACGUGGCGAUGGGCGGAAAGGCUGCGGAGGCGCUCGCGUUCGGCGAAGGCAACGUCACGAGCGGGUGUCGAAGCGAUCUCGUGCGGGCUACGCAGCUGGCGCGCACGAUGGUGACGAACUACGGGAUGGGGUUUUCCGACUCCAAGGCCCCGAUGGUGAUUGGGCGCCAAGACUACGCAGUCGUCAGCGAUGAACGCCGAAGCCGGAUCGACGAAGCCGUGCAAAAACUCCUCGACGAAAGCUACGCGCGCGCGCGAAAGCUCCUCGAGGAAAAGCGCGAAGAACUCAAGCGCCUCGCCGAGGCUCUGCUGGAGCACGAGACUCUUUCGGCGGAGGAAGUGCGUUUGGCGGUUUCUGGGAAGUUGCGGAAAAAACCGGAAACGUCCAGAGGCAGCGUCGGCGACGAGGCCGAAGACGCGAACUUACAAGCUGCUGUCUCUGCGUCGAGUGCGCGUGUGGAAAGAGACACCGACGGCCGCGCGGGGCUGGGCGUUUCAGCCGCUGCAGAGACGCGAGCCGUCACGCAACCUCGAACGGCUGCAGGGGGCGGGGAGAGCGAAGAGACGCGCGACGAGCCGGCCGCGAAGGCCCGCGAGGCGUCUCCGGAGACGCCGGGCGCGUCCGGCGCGCUCGCGCCCUCGCCCUACGCGGUCGCGGCGUCUGCUGCCGCGGAAGUCUCCGCGAUGCUCGCCCAGAGCCGGCAGCGGCGCGACGGCGAGACGACCGGAGGCGAGGAAACCGAAGGCGGAGGAGAGAGGAAGAAGCGACCGGAACCAGGCAGGGGGGAUGAAGGAUCUACCUCGAGUGGCAGAUAG